CAACCGCGCGGUGAAUUUAUACGCGUUUUACGGUCGUUUUGGUUCACGAUUGCUGUCGCCUUUCGUCGGUUAACUGCGAAGGAUCGUUGACCAGUGACAACGACGACGUAACGUUGAAUCACUAGGCGACGACGUUUCGGUUUUGUGAAAAGUAUUCUACCGAGUAUUCUACAUCGAGUGAAUUAUUUGAAGAAUACUGGACGAUUCUCGUUUCAUAGCGAGGCAACACGCGGAUAGACGUCAGUGGGUGAAGAGUGAGCCACAGUGUUUUCUCAAGUGUUCAGCGUCGAAAGUAAUAAAGCGUCGAGUAGUUCAGAAGCGCUGGAGCGAUUAGAUAAACUUCUUGUAAAUCCUGGAAACCAGUGGCACAUGAAAUUCCGUGGAAAAGCAAUGCGUGGAAAUCGGACGUUCCGUCGAUUUACGACUAGCCAUUGGUAAUGCUUCUAUUUGCAAGGCACGGCCAAAACCGUAUCUAUGACUAUACAACAUAUACGCAGAGUCAGUCGCGGCAUGGCGCACGAGCCGUUCUCAACGUUUUGAUGGGACUGAUCGAGAAUAAACGGUGGAUAAGCGGGAAAUUAUGAUGUUCAUCUCCGAGUGACGAAAAGAAGAAGAUCACGAUGCUGAGAGUCGGAUCUAUACUAGGCCUGUUGGUUCUAUUAACCGUCGCGAGAAAUGUUGUUUCUAAUCGCUGCUUGACGAUGCUUGAAGAGGUUAAUCCAAAAAAAAUUGUAUACGACGACAAUAAGGUGCUGAACAUCAACUUCGAGGUUUCCCGCAGAGUGACACAGAGGCUGACAUCGAUGAUCAUGAAGAUUUUCUUGUCAGAGGUGCUUGGAUACUCGGGUGUCUCUAUCAUCGAGAUGGAUGAUAAGUUCAAUGCUACCGUCACCUUCGACAGGCUAAACAACGUGACUUACGCCGUCUUCCUGCACAAGAGUGACGAAAUAUUUACUCAUCCCAUGGUGAAUAUGGAAACUUGGAUACCACCCCAGUUGGACACGGUACCUCUGCUAAAUACACGGCAUGUGAAGGAUUGCGGAUCGGUCGCAUCCCCGGGUCACUUUGGUUGGUUCGUUCCCAAAGCGUUAUCGAGACUGGAGAGUUGGGUAACCUUCCUUAGGCCAGAGACCGCUGCACGUUUCGACGUGGACGACACCACGUUGCUCAGGAUCCAGAAGUUCACCAUAGAUCCGAGCGUCAAUUCGUUCUAUUGCGAGGAAAAGUACUGCCGUCAAGGAAUGUACGUUCCCAAAUGGUGCCAGGGUCACGAGCAGAUGACACAACACUGCGCUUUGUUAUUUGCCAGUCAGCCCGAUGUCACGAACUUCGUGAAAUCUGCUAUCGAAAAGAUGAAACUCUACGUUAAGGUGGCCUGGGUCGGGCCACACUUAAAGAACUUGACGGAUGAUUUGACUACAGAGUAUACGCAGCUCGCAAACAACUCGACGGCUUUGACCGAUAACAGGUCCCUGGUGAUUUUGCAUUGGACACCCAGCAGCGUGAUACCGAACGAGGAGGAUUUCGUGAUGGUCGAUUUUCCGCGAUGUAACGCAAGACUGAUAGAAGCCGGGUGUUACUACGAGUCCAACAGGUUGACCAAGCUUGUAUGGUCCAAGCUAGAGGUAAUCGCGGACUUCGCUUACGAGGCGAUAAAUCAGGCGACGUUUAACGACGAAAUGUACGAGGAUCUGAUCAACCGUUACAAUAAACAUUCUGGAACAGUCGACGAGGAAGAGAUCGCCUGUAGCUGGCUGAAGGAUAACUUGAACUACACCUUGGACAAUUGGAUGACGACGAACAAAAACGAGCUCGUCGUGGGCGGUAUAUUCCCAAUGAGCGAGAGCUUCUACUCCGGCAAGUCGAUCGCAGUCGCCGCAAGAAUGGCAAAGGUGGCGAUCAACGAGAACAACACCCUGUUACGAAACUACAAUCUGAAUCUACUAGUCAAUGACGGCCAGUGCAAGUCUGACACAGUGUUGAAGUCGUUUAUCGACUACAUCUCUCGAACAUUUUACACGCUGGUCGGCAUUUUAGGGCCAGCUUGCUCGGAAACGGUAGAGCCGUUGAUCGACGUCUCGAAACACUACAAGACGGUGGUGAUCAGUUACAGCGCAGAGGGGUCCAGCUUCAAGAACCGCAAACGAUAUCCGUACUUCUUCAGAACGAUCGGCGAGAAUAAGCAGUACAAACACGUUUAUCUGCAGCUGUUGAAGAAACUCGGCUGGCGACGUGUAGCGUCGUUGACAGAGGACGGACAAAAAUAUUCCGAGUACAUAUCCUACAUGCAGGACGUGUUCAGAGAUAACGGAAUCGUGUUCGUCGCGAACGCUAAGUUCCCGAAGGACCGGGAAGACGACGUUAUGAAGAAGCACCUGCAAGAUUUGAAGCAGAAGAAGGCGAAAAUCAUUAUCGCUGACGUUUACGAUCAAGUAGCACGACAAGUGAUGUGCGAGGCGUACAGACUGAAAAUGACAGCUGCUCAGGGAUACGUGUGGUUCCUGCCCCUCUGGCUUCGACCGCAAUGGUAUGACACCGAUCGCUACAACAAGAUGGGCGAACAGGUACCCUGCACCACCCUGGAAAUGAGCAGAUCUAUAAACGGCCACCUUGGUUUGUCUCACGCGUAUUUUGCUCCGGACGACAGCAUCAUGCAGGAGGGAAUAACGGUGCGUGAGUGGCGCAAUCGUUACGAAGAGGAUUGUAAAUCUCACCAAGAGCCACCCUCGAAUUAUGCUGGUUUUGCCUACGACGCGAUGUGGACGUACGCUUACGCGAUGGAUCGACUCUUAAAGGAGAACCAGAGUUACGCUUUCGAUCUCCACAGCGAUCAUACUAUCAACCGGUUGACGACCAUUAUCGGCGAGACUGACUUUGAGGGGGUGUCCGGAAGAAUUAAUUUUCUAGGAGGGCCUUCAAGAUUCUCGGUGGUCAACAUCCUUCAAUACGUCGAUAACGAAACCCGACUGAUUGGUAACUUCUACCCGGACGUCUCGAAAACGAAACACGAAGUGGUGGGUGGCAAACUCGAUUUGAACAUUUCUGCAUUCGUUUGGCUUUCUGGCAAGAUGCCAGAUGACGGCUCCGAACCACCCCAACGUUGCGUGAUCGCAGGUUUCGCAGAUUUCUUGAACGUGUCCUGCGAAGUUGCCUUCGUCAUAGCUAACAUUCUUGGCCUUGCUUUUCUGGCCGUGAUACUCAUCAUCGGUUUCAUCAUUGUCAAGAGAAAGUAUGAAGAGAAAGUGAAGAUUCAGGAGAAGUAUAUAAAGUCUCUAGGCUUGGGCUUUCCACAGUUGGACACCUCCGACUUGGACAAAUGGGAGAUACCUCGCGACAGGGUGGUGAUCAACCGAAAGCUGGGCGAGGGUGCAUUCGGAACUGUUUAUGGUGGCGAAGCGUUCUUCCCUGAGAAGGGAUGGGUGGCUGUUGCCGUAAAAACUUUGAAAGUGGGGAGCUCCACUGACGAGAAGCUGGACUUUCUUAGCGAGGUGGAAGUGAUGAAGAGAUUCGAGCACAAGAACAUCAUCAAACUAUUGGGAGUAAUCAUAAAGACUGAGCCAGUGCAGACGGUGAUGGAGUUUAUGCUCUAUGGCGACUUGAAGACGUUCCUUCUCGCGAGAAGACAUCUCGUCAACGACCACAGCUACGAAGAUUCCGACGAAAUUUCCAGUAAAAAAUUAACUGCCAUGGCGCUGGACGUAGCCAGGGCGCUCAGCUACUUGGCGCAGUUGAAAUAUGUUCACAGAGAUGUUGCCUCUCGAAAUUGUUUGGUGAACGCUCAACGAAUAGUCAAACUCGGGGAUUUUGGCAUGACUAGGCCCAUGUACGAACAUGAUUAUUACAAGUUUAAUCGAAAAGGAAUGUUGCCAGUAAGAUGGAUGGCACCGGAAUCUUUGGUUCUAGGAAUAUUUACUCCAGCUUCGGAUGUCUGGUCCUACGGUGUUUUACUUUACGAAAUUAUCACAUUCGGCAGUUUCCCUUUCCAGGGAAUGAGCAACCACGAAGUGCUGACUCAUGUCAAAGCUGGACAUUCGCUGGUCGUCCCCAAAGGCGUCAAAAUACAUUUAGAAAAUAUGAUGUAUUCUUGCUGGAGGAGGGAACACACGCAGAGACCAACUGCUCCAGAGAUCGUUGAUUUUCUAGCGACAAAUCCUCGAAUUCUGUCGCCUUGUCUGGACGUUCCUUUAGCUAGCGUACAAAUAGAGCACACCGGUCAGAUCGAGAUGCAACUCACAGAGAACAUCAGAAAGUUCUCGCUUUCCUGGCCAUCGCAGAAUCUGGCUACUCAAUCUUCGGCGUCAAAUCCUUUGGAGAUGAUUCCAAAUCCUCCUCUGCUCGACAUAAACUGCCCAGACGAUAAGCAGAGCGAAGUGUCGUUAUUAGGGGACAUUGACAGUUUUAAGCCUUUAUUGUUGAACACUGAAGAAUCAUCUUCGAUACCAGUUGUAAGUCAUCAUAACAUUGAACAAAAUGAGGAACAACCGCCCAGGUAUAUGAACGUUCAACCAGGAAUGGUGAACGAGUAUCCUAAAUCUAACCAAAACGCUGGGACCAUUCAGAUGGAAGAAAGAAGCCCUAUGCUGCUGAAGAAUCGGAAUUCCGAGGAUGUUUCAAUUCUUUGACAGUAUAUACAGCACAGGAUUUCAAGACAGAAAUCAAUGGCGCAUUUCCACUGACGGGUCGAAUGCAUAUUCGGAAAAUAUGCGAAGAGUUCGUGUAGGAAAACCAGCGUUUAGUUGGUCAGUAAUUUUACUCUCUGAUGAAAGCACAGGGUACGUGAAACUCUGAAUAUGUGUUCUCUGAUUGAAAACGGAGAUAUUUUCUUUACUUCGCUUACGAAGUAUAGAUGAAUCGAGAUGUAGAGAACGUAUAAGAAGUACUUGUCACGGUUUAUACAAGUGAAUCUAUGUACAGUGACUUACGAAAGUAUAAAACAUUUACCAUGAAAAGCUUUAUCCAACAUUAUAAGUAUGUUAGGAAUGAUUUAUUAAAAUAUCCUCAGCAUUAUAAAUAAGUACAACUACUGUAGAACUCCAUUUAUCCGAAUCGGUCGGGGAACAACCUGGUUAGGAUAACUGGUUAGUACAUUUCAAACCUUUUUCUCGAUCAAUACAAGUUGCCCGUAACUUUAGUAUCAUAGUCUGAAAUUAU